CCCUCUGCUGGCUGCGCGGGCGGGUCUCCUCAGCCCAGCGCAGUACCAUCAGGCAGGCCCUGGUACUGUCUCGCUCCCACAGCCACGCAGUGCGGAAGGGGCCGCGCGCACGCUGGGAUCAAACCCGGGUACCAUCGGAAGGCUGUAAUGCAUAGGCAGCCAGGCCGGGAAGCCCCGCGCGGCAGUGCGGUUCUCCGGAGGCUGAAGCAGGUAAACAUGGGAGGAUAGAUUGUCCAAGCCGUGGCCGGCCUCCUGUGAGCCCAGCAGACAGACAUUUGCUGAUGGUGGAGGAACCCAACACUAGCCUUUGGCAGAGGCUGGGGACCAGGACUUCCGCGGUUUGAGAAGCAUCCAGCGGGUAUUUGACGCCCACCAUGCCAUGGUGUCACUGCGCUCGCCAAGCAGGCCCAACCCCUGGCUAGCAGUGACAUCGCUCCUCUGAGAGACGCUCCUUGGCCCUCCCUCCCCGACGUCUCCUCUUCUGGCCUCCCCACCUCCCCCCCUUCUCCUCCUAUGUCCCGGGUGAGAGGCCGGGGAAGGGGGGGGGGUGGGUGGAGGAGUGGAAGGUUGUGUGUUUUAAGAAAGGGCCACAGCAGGCCAGAGGCCUGGCUGUUGAGUAAGCAGCCCCCUCCCGGGGCCGCGCUGGCGGUGGGUGUUCGAGCCCCGCUGCGGCCCCGCCCCUCGGGGCCCUGUCCGGGCGGGUGCGCGGCGCAGAGGGGAGGGCCAGCGGGGCAGGAAUGCACGGCGGGCGGGCGGGCGGGCGGCGCAGGAGGCGAGCGGCGGAACAUGUAAGGGCACAUCCCGCCAGCAGCCUCCCAGCGCGCAGACCGAGCCCAGGGGAGCGGGCGUGCGGGCGGAGAGGCGCAGGGUACCCGGCAGAGGCUCGGGGCGGUCGGGCCGGUGCUCGGGGUCCCGAGCGGGCGGCGAGCGAGCAGCAUCCUCACCGCGCCUCCCGGGCGCCGCUGUCUGCAAGGCGCCCCCCGGGGCCGCGGGCUCGGCUGGACAGGGAGCAAGGGCAGCCGGCCAGGCCAGGGCACGAGAAGCCGGCGCCGAGAAGCCGGUGACCGCCGCGGCCGCCGCAGCCACCAGCGCUGCGGGAACCUCGGGGGGCGCCCAUGACGGCGGCGGCGGCGACCGUGCUGAAGGAGGGCGUGCUGGAGAAGCGCAGCGGCGGGCUGCUGCAGCUGUGGAAGCGGAAACGCUGCGUGCUCACCGAGCGCGGGCUGCAGCUCUUCGAGGCCAAGGGCACGGGCGGCCGGCCCAAGGAGCUCAGCUUCGCCCGCAUCAAAGCCGUGGAGUGCGUGGAGAGCACCGGGCGCCACAUCUACUUCACGCUGGUGACCGAGGGCGGGGGUGAGAUCGACUUCCGCUGCCCCCUCGAAGACCCCGGCUGGAACGCUCAGAUCACCCUGGGCCUGGUCAAGUUCAAGAAUCAACAGGCCAUCCAGACUGUGCGGGCCCGGCAGAGUCUUGGGACUGGGACCCUCGUGUCCUAAACCACGAGGUAUACCAUUUUAUCGACAUGCCCCCCUCCCCAGCUCCGUGCCCAGAGGACAUGUCAGCUUCUCUGCCCACUCUGGUUGGUUGGGGCCUGACUACAUGUGACGUGGCAGAAGCUAUUAGCAUGUGGAAGAAGCAUAUCAUCACGGAAGGAGCCAACCGGCCAGGGGCGGAGAGCCGAUGAGGGGCUGAGGAUGAAGAUUCAGUUCCUGGACACUGAGACUGUUAUAUUCGGCUCAGGCCUUCCAGCCACAGGCCUUCCAGCCGCAGGCCUGGCCUCAUGUAUCAUGGUGGAGGACGUGAGGCUUACCUGGCAUCGAGGCCCCUCCCACUGAUCCUGCCACUGGUUCUGGGUUCUGCAGACUGCUGUUUGGCCCCUGGCCUUGAGAUUAUGCCCACAGGAGGGCAGUUCCUCAUGGGAUGCUAAGCCAGGACCUCGGCGGAACUCAGGAGGCCAGCCUGGGAUCCAGAAGAUGGCCACCCUACCUUAGGACAACUGCUGGACUUAGCUUGCAGAUGGGGAUCUGCUGGGCAUGAGGCCUGUGCCUGGGGGUCUCUUGCUGCUUUGGUCCUUUUGGGACCCCCCACCCACCUCUCUCUUUGCACACUUCUUCCCUCACCUCUGUUGCCCUCUCCUCACUGUGGUACUGGGCCUGGAGGUGGUGGGGGUGGGGUAAGGGUUUGGCCAUUACCAUUUCAUGCCUAUUCCAGAAUGAAGAUGCCCAGUCUGUGGGCAGUAACCA